AUGGUUCCCGAGAGUUCUGCAUUGUCUAACCGCAGAAAGAAUGGAAAAGGCGUCCUCUCGCCAGCAACAGGUAGGGAAAUGAGAAGCACUUUACUCCCAUCAUUCCCUGAACAGGCACUCAGCCUCAGCUCAUGGGAACCAGGAGAGCGAAAUCGACUGCACACACCCAACCCCGCGGGCCGACCAUUCAACUACGGCAAUCUCCCGCUCGCAGCAGCCGCAGAGGCCAGCCGACGAGGAAGCGCUGAGAAAGCAGCCAGCGCCAGGCCGGCCUGUAUCCGCCCAGCCCAGCCAGCCCCCUCCCUAACGCCGUCACACGCCCCCGAAUCCACCGGGGCAACGACUCACCCAGCCCCUCAAGGCAGGGGAAGCCCAGGGCGACGGGGGGCGGCGCCACCCCAGAAAGCGAGGCAAUCGCGGCAGCUAAGGCAGGUCUCCAGCUCCUGGACCCUCCUCCUUCAGCCAGCGGCUGCGAACACCAGAGCUCCUCCGGCGUCGGUACUGUCCGCUGCUCUCUUCCCCAGCUCCUGUGAAACUUUACCGGGUACCUCAGAGAAAAGCAGCAGCCACCGCUGUCCAGUUCAGAGACAGCCGUCAGCGACCCGGAUGGAGCGGGCGGGGAAGGACAGGAGGAACAGUGAGAGAUGGAGGCACAGAGAGCCUCUUAAAACGCUUGUCGGGGAGGUGCCACGUACCACUUCUGCACCAACAUUUGCAAGAACUACACACCUAGAUGCAAGGAGACUGGGAAACAAUACCUGUCCAAGUUCCCAGGAAUUCAGCUGACAUUCAAAUAGGCAUAAGCCUGAAAAAAUCACAUGUAAUGUGGUCCUUGACCAGUAUGUGGGGAUGUGUCCAUGCCUUUGAAAUUACAGUGUAAGUGCUCCAGUUACCACACUUUCUAAACAGAGAAAGUGCUCAAAACACCCUGGGGUUUUAUUUUAUGUGUCUGUGACAGCAAAGAAUAAAAACUGUUAAACAAAA